UUCACGUGACUUUUUGACUUUUGGCUUUCUUCUCCGCUUAACCCUUUAAAUACAUGAUUGAAUCCAAGCGAGAACUUACGCUCUCACUUUGCAAAUGUGCAUGCAUUCUCUCUCUCUCCAUCACUAAGCUCAUGGCCAGUGUGAAACGUUUUGAGGGAUAUUCUGGAAGCACUCGAAAAUGUUCCGAUGGAGCUGAGAAAGACGAAAAUGAAAAUUAUUCCGAUAUUAAUGGAAAAUAUAGCAUACCAAAUUGCAUUGCUGUGCUGAAAAGAUUAAAGAAGGAGUUUUAUUCUAUGAGUGACUUAGAAUAUGGUUUUGCUUUAGAAUCGAUUAAAGAUCCUCAAAAUAGAAUCAUAAUUAUGAGCUUAAAAGAUUCAAUGAAAGAAUUAUAUUGUUGGAAUCACUACAAUUAUAGUGUAAAUGAACGUCGACAUUUACGUUGAGAUUUGGUUUUAUGUUUAUCAUUGGAAUGUCAAACACUGUGACUCUGAAGUACAAUUUGUGUUUGUGAUCUUGGUAUAACCUUUAUGUUAUGAUCAUUUGAGUUA